AUGCCACGUGAGGAAUCCCUAUGUUUGGGCGAUGAUGAGGCGGCAAUGCAUAUUUCACUAUUCAUCGGCUCACUCAUUUUCCUGCUCAUACUCUGUGACCAAGAGCGAGUAGAUGCUGGAUAUGUGCAUAUUGCUCAUGGAGCCAAGCACAAGUGCUUCAGCUGCAUGUCAAGAUACUAUGGCGCCACGUGGCACUUUGCCGGCUACUCGAAGAUUUAUCUUGAACCACUCACGUUCACUGAUGACUGCGGUGAGCCGCUGGCAAGAGGCGCCGAUGUGCCGGUGCAGCACUGUGACGAGACCUCAAAUUGCAUCACCAUGGUCGAGGAUCUCAAAAUUGGAGUUGGAGCGAAAGCCUUCAUUCGCGGUUGCUACAACUCGAUCUUUGUCUUUGGAUUUAAUCGAACGGGUAUCGCCGGGAAGAUGGCCUCGAAGCAGGGAUGCUUCAACGCGAAUCUCUCGCAGGUCAUCAAUGGUGGACGACCCUUUGAUAGCCAAAUAAAAAUCUGUUCCUGUGCUGGAGAACUUUGCAAUGGAGAACCCCUCAAUUCAGUCUCUUCUCAAAUUUCAAUAAUUUCUUCAAUGUUAUUAUUUUUUAUCUUUUCCGUCUUUCUAUUUACU